AUGUUGAAAAUGGGAGUCAUUGAGAAAGCAAGUGGUCCGUGGGCGUCACCCAUAGUAUUAGUAAAAAAGAAAGAUGGUUCAACGCGCUUUUGCAUCGACUAUCGCAAACUAAAUGACAUCACUGUAAAGGACAGUCAUCCACUACCUAGGAUAGACGAUACACUAGACACGCUUUCGGGGGCUUCUUGGUUUUCCACCUUGGAUCUGAAAACUGAAUACUGGCAGGUGGACGUUGCAGAGAAAGAUCGACAGAAAACCGCCUUUGUAACUGGGUAUGGUGGAUUUUGGCAGUUCAAGGUCAUGCCCUUCGGUCUCUGCAACACCCCUGCCACAUCCGAGCGAUUGAUGGAGGAAGUCUUGACUGGUUUAACUUGGAAGCUUUGUCUAGUGUAUUUGGAUGAUGUGGUAGUCUUUGCUAACACGUUUGAACAAGAGCUAGACUAUCUUUUGCAAGUCUUAGACCGUGUACGCUCCGCAGGCCUGAAGUUAAGUCCCAAAAAGUGUCAUCAAUUUCGGCGGAAAGUUCAUUUCUUGGGUCAUUUGAUCUCUGGUGAGGGUAUUGAGACUGAUCCUGAAAAAGUUUCCGCAUUUCGGGAUUGGCCUACUCCCAGAUGUCUCAAGGAAGUGAGGAGUUUUCUGGGCAUGAGCUCUUACUAUAGACGCUUUAUUAAGAGUUUCUCAACCAUCGCCCGCCCACUUCAUCAGUUAAUGGAAUCUGGCCAUGUCUUUGAGUGGACUGAUGCCUGUGAAUCCGCUUUCCAAGAGCUUAAAUCCAAAAUGGUUACCGCUCCAAUCUUGGCACAUCCAUAUAGGGACACUAGCUUUAUACUGGAUACCGACGCCAGUGAUACUGGUGUUGGGGCAGUCUUGUCCCAGGUCCAAGAUAACCAUGAACGAGUCAUCGCUUAUUUUAGCAAAUCCCUAAGCAAGCCUGAAAGGUCCUACUGUGUAACCAUACGGGAAUUGUUAGCUCUCUGCGAACAGAUCACGGGUCACUUUGUUGGCUUAAGAACUUCAGGAGCCCGGAAGGCCAGCUUGCUCGUUGUCUCGAGCUUUUGUCCCAAUAUGACUUCUCAAUCGAGUAUCGGAGGGGGAGGAGUCAUAUAUGCUGAUGCUCUCUCCAGGAGGCCUUGUGCUGGGACGCCGUGCUCAUAUUGCGACAAAGCUGAUGCCAGAUACGCAGUACAUGAUGGCGCUUGUAACAUUGCAGCGUUGAGGCAGGCGGGUUCUUCUGACAGCUCGAAUCUAGAUGUCUCGGCUCAGGCUGACAGCUUUGAAGACCAAGGUAAUGGAGCGAUUUCUCUGGACAGGUUGAAAAAUUUACAGUUGAAGGAUAAGGUCUUGAGUGUGGUUGUAGGCUGGAAAGAGAGUGGUCAAAGACCCUUGUGGGAAGAUAUUUCCAGUUGCUCUCCAGCCGUGAAACAUUUUUGGUCCCGCUGGGAUGGUGUUCUCUAUAGACGGUUUGAGAAUGUUGGUGGUCUUUCAUAUGAGUGGCAGAUAGUGCUACCAGAGGUUUUGCGUAAAAGUGUUCUUAGAGAGCUCCAUAAUUCAGAAACUGCGGGUUACCUUGGUAUUGCCAAGACGUUUGGCAAGGUUAGAGCCAGGUAUUACUGGUGCGGGUUAAGGAGAGAUGUCGAGCAUUGGUGCAGGGCUUGCGAUGUUUGCGCCCGCAGGAAACGUCCUCCUAAAUCUCCCAAGGCUCCCCUGCAGCAGUAUGUAGUUGGUGCUCCACUCGAACGAAUCGCUGUUGAUGUAAUGGGUCCCUUACCUGUCACACAUCUUGGCAAUCGUUACUUGCUGGUGGUAGGAGACUAUUUCACUAAGUGGUGCGACGCCUACCCCAUUCCUGACCAAGAAGCUGAUAAGGUGGCAGAGGUUCUAGUAAAUGGGUUCGUACCACAGUUCGGUGUACCCAGGCAACUCCAUUCGGAUCAGGGUAGGAAUUUUGAAGGUUUUGUGUUAAAAGAAAUGUGUAACAUCUUGGUAAUCGAUAAGACUAGAACGACUCCUUUGCAUCCCCAAAGCGAUGGCAUGGAUGAAAGGUUAAACCAAACAUUAGAAAGCAUGCUCUCCAUGUUUGUAGAUGAUAACCAGCGUGACUGGGAUGUGCACGUGCCUUUGCUAAUGAUGGCAUAUAGGUCAUCGAUCCAUGACUCCACAGGAGUAUCUCCAUGUACCAUGAUGUUCGGAAGAGAGAUAACGCUGCCAGUUGAUCUGAUGUUUGGUGGUCCUGAAUCUGACAGUCCUGUUCUCAAGAGCUCAUACGCGCAUGACCUAGCGAGCAGAUUAGAACACAUUCAUGAUUUUGCUCGUGACAAGCUGGCAUUUGCUCACGGCGCAAUGAAGAAAAAUUAUGACCACAAUGCCAAGUCUGCCCGGUAUGAAGUAGGGGAAGCCGUCUGGCUUCGCAAUCUUGUUAGAAAGAAAGGAUUGUCCCCGAAACUUCAGCUGCCUUGGACUGGACUUUUCAUUGUGACCAAAAGGCUGACUGAUGUUACAUAUCAAAUCCAGCAGACUCAUCGUUCGAAGCCACGAAUCGUGCAUUUCAAUCGUCUGAAGCCCUAUAAUGGUGACGAGAAACCUACCUGGUUCGACGAUUCAAUGGCUAGAAGAAACGAUAGCGUUGUCGUUUCUCUUCCUGAGACUUCUGCAGUGGAAGAAUAUUCUCUCUCUUUGUCUUCUGUUCAUGAAGCAAAUGCUUCAGGAACUGAUACUGAAUCUGAGCCUGAGGAUUCCAACCCUAAAAGUCUCGACUGUGAUGCCUCUGACGCAUCCAGUACUGCUCCCUCCUCUGUCUCUGGCAGCCAUAACAUUGUCAGUAGGCGAGGAAGGCGCAUCGUUAAGCCUGGUUGGCAUCGAGACUUUGAUAUGCAGAGUUGA